UCGAUUUCAAUCUGUCGAACAAACAUUUGACGUUUUAUUUGCACGUAAUAUAAGUUCGAUCGAGAGUAUAUAAUCGUUCUGAAUAAACGUAUCGAUUCAAUUCAUAUUUAAUUAUAUCGUUUAAUUUUUCUGAACAACAACGCAUUCUUAUGAUUCCACGAAGAAUAUAUUUUUAACAGAUACGUUCCUUAUUUUGUUUUAAUAAAAAAUAUUUAAUAUAUUCAAUUUUAUUAAUUCGAUGUCGAUAUUUACAAUAACAAUUUGAAUGUUUCGCGCCAAUCUCGUCGUUCCCGAUUUAAAGGCUACCAUUGGUCAGUUAAACUCUGCGUAUAUUAUAUCAUUGUUCUGUAUAUCAAAGAGGUUAUGCUUUUAUUUGCUUUUUAUUAUAUUACUUAUUAUUUAUUGUGAAAUAAGAAGGGACGAUGGCAGGAUCAGGUAAACAAGUAUUACGAUAUUUUCUUGGAAAGUGUUUGCCAUCUAUAAAGCAAAAUGCUGUAAAAGUAUGUGUACCGCGUUUUGAGCUGGAUCAGCGUAUUUAUAUGUACUUCAAAGAGCAUGACUUCAUCUAUGCCCAUGAUCCAGACAAGAAAUGUAACGUAGGAGAUAUCGUUUUGAUACAGUUAUUGCCUGAAAAAUUAACGCGCCUCAUUACCCACAAAGUUAUAGAUGUUAUUUAUCCAUUGGGUGAUAUUACAGAUCCUAUAACUGGUAAAAAAGUUGUUGUCGGCAAGUAUAGGAAUGAUAUAAAGGAGGCCAAUCAAUUAUUUGGUGAAUCCAAAAAUGCUUUUGAUUAUGAUAGAGCACCUCCAAGAGGAAUCACGAAAGAUAGACGAGAUUUUACGUAUCAAGAAACAUACGUCAAAUACCACGAAGAUCCAAAUAUUGAAGAACCAUACGGAGUAUAAUGUAUUUAUGUAUUUUAAAAUAUAAAUAAAUUCUAAUAAUAAUUUAUUUGUUAAUUAUUUUA